CUCUGCAGCAGCGCUUCAGCAUUAAACCAGCGUGAGAAUCAUCUUCACACACCAGUCUGUUCACUACACAAGAAACUGGUCUGGUCAUGCUGUGGUUGUUAGACAUCUAGUAGCAGCAGAUUUGGGUGACUUUUUUUUAAUUACUUGGAGAACAUUUUAUAAGCUUAACAUAUGGGAUUUGUCGGAGCAAAACAAAUGUGCCGCCACCAGCUAUUCCUUCAUUUUAGUGAAUCACUGCGAAGGAAUUCUGCAGAAUAAACAACUUUCUCAAGGCGUUUUAUCUUUCAGCGUUGUAUUUCAUGACAAGCCUGGUGAGAACUAGUAAAUUGCUUGCAGAGCUUUUUUUUUUUUUUUUUUGAAAAAGCACGUGCUUUUUAAAUUACUUUUGUGUUUUGUCAGAAUAUAUUUAUUACUAUUUUGGUCAGUCUUACAGUGUUUUUUUUUUUUCUUUUUUUUUUUCUUAGCAUCACAUCAACGUUCUGAAAUUUAUGUUUCUGACUCUGAAUGCAUAACAAGACCCUGACAACAAGAUGUGGAUUUGGAGAUGUUUUUUACACACCCUGAACUCCUGGAUGUCUGAUGAUCCCUUGAAGCUGAAAGAAUGCUGCACUUUGGGGGGCUAAUGCUCUAAACUCCUGAAUGAAACCUGUGCAAGACAGCAAUAAACAGGAGACAAAAUAACUACACUGUCUUUCACCGCUCUCAAGUGUAAGAGCUGGAAUAUUGAUUAAUGCCAUUUUUACCCAGAGGUCAACUGCAAGCAUUAGCACUCUGACAUGUCUGGAUAAGCCGGGCAAACGAGUGCCAAUGCUCUUAAUCAUUUUAAGAUGAAGUUAUGGAAGUGUGUUGCCAUCGUCUUGAUGCUCUGCGGUGCUGCACUCUCCGUCUUCCUCUCUAGAAUUCUGCUUUCCUCCAAAGCACAUGUUCUUCCUCACUUUGAGCAUUCAUCUUCCUUAUUAACAUCAUCAGCAUCAGCAUCUGCAGCAUCAAUGUCUUCAAACAUCUCCUCAUCUGGGACUAGGGGGAAGUUUCGGAGGGUCAGAUCAGCAAAUGGGGACAACUCGGCCAUCUCAGAUUUCAUGCACCUAUUCCAGAGUUUCACGGAGGGUGAGUUGAAACAGGUCAUCCGCACGCUGGUGCAGAGGAAAGCUCAAAGGGAUGCUAAACUGGGUAAAAGAACUAAGCGGGCCAAGAAGGGUACCAAGCCAUGUUCACUGACAGACAAGGAGGUCACGGUAAGCCAAUUGGGCUUGGGCUACGUCAGCGACGAAGUUAUCCUUUUCCGGUACUGCAGUGGCAAAUGCGUGGCCAGUCGCCGCAACUACGACCUGGCGCUGGCGAAGCUGAAAGGUCAGCGUUUGUUGACUAGAGAGAACGUGGACAGGGCUCGGCACAGCCCAUGCUGCCGGCCCACGGCCUACGAAGAGAUUACCUUCCUGGACAACCACAGCCACUACCACACCAUCCAUGAGGUUUCUGCACUGAAGUGUGCUUGUGUAUGACAUCAGUCACAUGGCAAAUGAGGAUUCUUCUUUUUCAAGUAAAGGCAUAGUUCGUAUGAAUUACAACAAAAUUAAUAACAUGGUGAACAUGUCAUGACAGCUCUAGGGAAACUGAAAUGGAAAGAGGCCAGGUUAAGAAUACAGAGGCUGCAAUUGAAAUGAACAGUAUAGCCUUAUAUUGCUGGUCUUAAAAACAGAAGAAGCUGUUUUUAUGUUUUUAUUUGCCUUUCUGGGAUAAGGUUGUUGUUUUUAUUUAUAUAUAGUCAGUCAGCAAAUAAACUGCAAGACUAAACAGGAUUUUAAAUAAUCAAUCAAUCAUUUUCUUCUCCACUAAACUUCUCGAGCAGUCAGAAGAAUCUGCUCAGCCUGAAAAGUCCUACUCUAUAACUCAAAGACGUACUUAAAAUAUACGCAUACUUGUUUCCCUUACAAGCAAGUGUAAUCCCACAUCCCCCAGACCACACACUUAACAAGACUAUGACACAAAAGCAGCAACAAAUUGCAUGAAAAGAUGAAAUGAACAUCGAUACUGUAGACACUGGUAAUGAAAGUAGGGGUAGAGAUAAAUAUAGACAGAUAUACUCUAUAAAAAAGAGUAGCUCCACUAUUAAGGAACAAUGUAUAACAUUUCGUCUUUGAAAUACGCUACAAGGUCAAGACAGCUUGACCUUUUGCACAGAGUGGCCAUUAGAGAAAAAGAAAAAAAAAAACAGAAAAAGACUGAAAUGCAGAGAGAUUGUAGGCAACAUAAGAAAGGACAAAGUCUGCCCCAUGAAAAUUUGUAAAAGCCUGUAUACCUCAAGACAAACCAAUCCAUCUCUUGGUGUUUUGCAACCUGUCAUUUAAUUGUUGGCAGUGGAUGGUAAUAUGUGUUACUGUUCUGGCAGCCUGAUCAGUUCACUUGAUCAAAAAAGAAAGAGAAAGUACAUCCAUAAUUUAUUAGUGGUCUGUUUAACUGGAACACAAACUUACAUGAAUGUACCGUGUAUCUGCAUGACCUAUCUGUGUCUAUCUAUGGGAAAUCAGUAAGCAUUCUCAAAGUUGUCAUCCAUGUCAUCAUAUCAGAUUCAAUUUUAGCAAUCCACGCCACAGUCAAGCUGUUUUUAUCAGACUGAUCUCAUCAGUCUUCAGAGGAAAUGUUCCCUGGGGGGAAACUAUGACUCAUCAACUUUUGCACGAACAUUAAUUCACAUGCACUGCACAGGUCAUAACAUAACACAAAAUCUCCUUUUCUUGUGAAAUAGAACCAACUACUUUACAUAUAUGGAUAAAGACCCAGCAGAUGGUUAGAAAUAUUUCUUUCAUACCCAAUGCAUGAUUUGAGAAAAGCUUGAGAAAAUCUUCCUGAUGCAUAGAUACAAUAUGGGAUAAGAUAUAGGCACUAUUGUAGAAACAGUAAAGGUUUCAAUAACCGAUUCGCACGUAGAAUUAGAUCCGAUUGUCGUAUUCGACUGCAAAAUCAGUCGAGGAGCAGGUGUCCUGUUAAGACUGUGACAGGAGGAUUGUGCCUGAGAUAGCCUCACCAAAUCCAUUCCAUUUUUGUAAAUCCUAUAACAGACUACUCUAAUCCACUUAGUGCCUUUUGUAGAGACUCACACAAACACUGAAUGCUGAAGUGGACAGAACAGUAGGGCUUUACUGUACAUUAUUAAAUCAAUAUUCUACAUACGUAAAAGGAGUUAUUCAUUAGUACUUCAUAUUCAUUUGAGUAAAAUGCGUAGUUCCUUCUAUAGUAAAAUCAUUAAAACAAUGCAUUAGAACAGAGGUGUCCGGACGAUCUUUUCCGGAAAGGAUGCAAGUGCUCAUUCUAAACAAGCACACCUUGAACAGUCUAUUGAAAGCCAAGAUAAACUGAUUAAACAGGUGAAAUCAGCUGCUUGAUUGGAAUGAAAUCCUGCACCCACACCGGCUUUUCCUUUGCGGAUAAGAUUGGACACCCCUGCUUUAUUAUGACAAGAUACCUCUGUGCAAUCCCUCGAACUCCUAUCCCUGGGUUUGUAAUACAAAAUAAUUCCAUCCAGAAAUGUCACAACGUCAGGCAGAUCAAAAAGGAGCUCGGAGUACAAGUGCUUUUCACAUAUCUGCUCUGUAUUUAAUGGAACAUUUCAGAUAAUCAAGGAAAGAAAGAAAGAAAGAAAAAUCCAGAGUCCAACUAUUUAAUUAGACUCUCAGCAGGCAAGACAUUGUGCUAAAAAAAAAAAAAAAAAAAAAAAGCCAAAAAACCUCCAGGAUAUAACACUGAUAUUUAUAGCUUAUUCCCAAACCUGUGCAUUUAAUAAAACAGACGUCAGGAUGUUGGAGGAUUUUGUGCAUGCAGUUAAGCCACAUUGCAGCAUGAUAAACUAUAACUACGGCACAGUAAAUAUUAUAAUAUUCGUAUUGUUGUUGUUAUUCACUGGAUGUACCGAUUGGAACACUACUUGUCUUUCAAAAUUCCAAAAUGUAUGAAUUUUAAACAGUUAUUAUGAACGUAUUAUAAAAAGAAAGCAAAAAUACACCGAUACAGACACUUUGCCGGGGCUUUGUUGGACCCUGUCAACCAACGACAAUAAACAUUGAUGCAAUGCAUCUGUAUAAAAAGGUUUAUCUAUAUUUAUUACAGAGUAAAUUAUGGUUUAUUUAUUUACAUAUCAUCACAGACAAAACAGGAGCAUUUAUUUAUUUGAAUGUAUUGGUGCCAAAGUCUCAUGCAUUAUGUUCUUAUCACAGUUUAAUAAACUGUACAAGCUUUAAAA